GCCCAUAUGAUGCCCAGGAGUGAGCUGUCCUGAGACACCUGCCUGUCUCAACACCUGCUCAGCUGCCAGCACCACCACCAUGGAGUCCAGGGCAAAGUCGGCCAGCAGUCCGAAGCCAGACACUAAGGUGCCUCAGGCCCCUGCUGAGGCCAAGGCCUCUCCAGCUGCUGAUGGAAAAGCCCCCUUGACCAAGACCGGGAAAAAGGAGACCCAAGCCGAGAAGCAGGAGCAGCCAGCAGCCCCUGCCUCUGGGAAGAAGGCCCCAGCCAAGGCUGACCCUGUCCUUCUCAACAACCACAGCAACCUGAAGCCAGCCCCCACAGCUCCUGUUGUCACUAGCAGUCCUGAGGCAACCCCAGAGCCCAAGGGCCCUGGGGAUGGAGCGGAAGAGGAUGAAUCUACCACUAGGGGCCCAGGGGGCCAAGGUCCUUGGCCCUGUGAGAACUUCACACCCCUGCUGGUGGCUGGGGGUGUGGCUGUGGCAGCAGUGGCCCUAAUUCUUGGUGUGGCCUUCUUGGCCCGGAAAAAAUGAUUCCUUGAUGCUCAGUGUCGGGGGGCGGGGGUGCACAGAGCCACUUCCUGUACAGAACUGGGAGCUAGUGCAUGCGAGUUUACAAUACCUAUCUAUAUCUACACACAUACAUCGUAUCCUAUACAUAUAUGUACACCCCUUCCCCCAUGUACACAGCGGGAGAGACUGACAGUGAGCCACCUCUGCUGACCCCAGCACAGUCCCCUCCAAGCUGUAGGACAGGAGCUUGGGCUCUGGGCUUACAGGGCAGAGCUUACCUGCAGGGUUAGGAAGGAAGGAACAGACCCUGUGUGUGGCUAUCUGCCGGUCUCCAAAGGACCAGUGGUGGGAUGGGCAGGCCCUGUGGGUCCCUAAAGGGUGUGGUAGCUCAUGUCCCCUGUCCUGCUCUGGACCUGAUGAUGCGGGUAUUGCCCUGAGGUGAGUGGCCCAUCUGCAGAGCCGCCUCUACCCACUGCCUGUGCUGUGGCUGAGGGAAAAGACAGCUGGGUACUGGUCUUGGCAAGGGCUCCUGGAAGUUCUCCUUUUCCAGCUUGUGUCCCAGUGGAGACCCAGCGACUAGGAGCACACCACAUUUCCCGGGGAAUGCUGAAAGUCUGGCAGGGAGGCAGGGGUUCAAGGAGGAUCUCCUCUCCCUGUUAUGCCUGCCGACACUCCCAGCAGACCAUCCCUCCUGCCUUCACACAGCAUCCCCAUCCAACAAGCGUAUAAAUGCAAUAACAGGUAGAGUAGAACUGCUUGGUGAGUGGCCAUCACCCACCGCCCACUGCCUGCAGGGAGACAGCGGCACAGCCCUCUUUCCCAUGCCUGGCCCUGGCCUGCCCCUGGUAUAGCGGCAGCAGGCAGGCUUCCCAAAGUCACAGUGGCCACUGUGGGAGUAAUGACUACACUUGGUCAAUAUCACAGGAACCCUGGGCCUGGGAAGAGGCUGAGUCUGAAAUAAACUCUGCUGUUUAAAGGCUGGGCUCGUGUCCUCACCUGUGUCUGCUGCGAGGGGCAGAAGCUUUCUGCUGGCGCCUGGGGACACACCUACACCUAGGCUUCACAGACUGCAGGCAGGAAGCCCUGGGUCCCUUGUGGAUCUACCCACAGCCCCAGCGAGCUUUGCCCAUCCCAGAGGCCCCUUCCCUGACCUUCCAGAAGGACACCAGGCCUGCAGGACAAACCUAGACCUGGGCUUGGCUACACAGCGUAGGGCACGAAGCUCCUCAGUCCUCUGGGAGCUCCAUCCGAGGGGAACAGAGGAAUCUACAGGAGGUCACUUCUCUUCCACAGCUCUCAGCCUGUUCUGGCCUAGCGUCCAAUUUGGGGGAUCAAGGCCAUGCUGGGCCCAGGAAUGCUCUUUGGGCUCCACCCCAGGAGUGUCAGGCUGGUGGGUGGGGCUCCCCCUCUUCCUCCCCUAGGCUACCUUCCAGCUGGUGGAAGGGGCACAGGGCUGUCUCCUUCCUGGCCCAUUCAUUCGGUACCUACCAUGCCCAAAGCACAUCCACACAGCCGCACCCCAGGGGCACACAGCUGCAGGCAGCUGCCAUAGGGAGAAAACAGCAGGCUGAAGACCUCACCCGGGCCACCCUCACCGCCUUCUCAGGCCUGGGCUGCCCGACUUGGGCCUGUUCAAAGGGAGGGAGAGUUCUGUACCACACAGGUGCAGUGCUGUUCUGUGCCUGGUGGGCCUCUCACCCUGCCCACCCUCCAGACCUCUGUCCCAUUCUAUCUGGCCCAUGGUCUGCACUUCAAAAUAGACAGUUAUAGUCUCAGCAAUCUGGGAAGCUGAGGCAGAAGGAUUUCACACUCAAGGCCAUCCUAGAAUAUAGUGGGUCCCUGUCUCAAAAACCCAACAGACAAAGCAGUGUCAGAUAUUUCGGUGGAGCACCCCAAGCUGCAAGUCCAAGGGUGACCCUCCAACCUGCAACAUUCCUCCCACACUGCUGCUUCCUUCAUCGACUGUUAGAGGAGGAAGUAGAUUAAAAAUGCCGGCGCCAAAGGUACAAGAUCCCAAUA